GCCAUGUUGUGUGUGGGCAAGGGGCCCAGAGGCGAGCGAGCCGCCAUGUUAGGUGUGGGCGGAGCCCCAGCAACGAGGCUUAGUGGCCGUAUCAGGUGUGGGUACAGAGCUCCACGGACGGAGAGGCCCAGCCGCCAUGUUAUCUGUGGGCAAGGCCCUCAAGCCGGGCAGGCCAAGCGGGGCCUAGGUCUCUCCCCUUCCCUCAGAGCAGGCCUGGCUCCUCCUUCGGCUCCUAGCGAGGAAUGGGCGGGUCGCACGACAACAAAUUCCCCGUGUAGCUGCAGGUCCCUAUGGCUCCGGGUCGCGGGGAGGCUCGCGCCACCCCUCACAGUUCCAAGCCGCUCCGGCUUCUCCUGUGGCGGUAGGUCAGGUCAUGUGACCCCGCCGCCGAGGGGGCGGGGCACCCGGAAGUCCCUGGGAUGACAGCGGAGAGUGAGUGCAAUUCCUCAACCUAGGCUCCCUGUCAACACCUGUUACAUACAGUCUCUGACUCUUCUGCCUUUGUUUACACUGAUCACUUUCUGCCACUGAGACGGGUCUGGAGUGAAAAGCUAAAGAUGCUGCUGUUCUUCCGUAAAAGGAAACCCAGUGAGGAGGCCCGGAAGCGCCUUGAAUACCAAAUGUGCCUGGCAAAAGAAGCUGGUGCUGAUGACAUUCUUGAUAUAUCUAAAUGUGAACUCUCCGAGAUUCCUUAUGGCGCUUUUGCAACAUGUAAAGUUUUGCAAAAAAAGGUGCUGAUUGUUCAUACAAAUAAUCUGACAUCUCUGGUUCCAAAGUCCUGCAGUCUCCUGAAUCUCAUAACUGUGAAGGUUUUAGAUCUCCAUGACAACCAGCUGACAUCGCUUCCUGAUGAUAUUGGCCAGCUGACAUAUCUCCAGGUCCUAAACAUUGAAAGGAAUCUCUUAAAAUCUCUUCCACGGUCUAUAGGGGACCUCACCCAGCUCCAGACACUCAAUGUGAAAGGUAAUAAGCUGAAGGAGCUGCCUUCUACCCUGGGUGACCUGCGCAGCUUGCGCACCCUUGAUGUCAGUGAGAAUCUGCUGCAGAAAUUGCCCCAGGCAUUGGCUCACAUCCGCACGCUGGAGACUCUAAUGCUGGAUGCUUCAUCCAUGACCUACCCGCCAUAUGAUGUUUGCAGUGCCGGCACAGAGUGUGUCCAGCAGUUCCUGUGCAAAGAGUCGGGAAUCAAAUACUGCCCUCCCUCCCAGUAUCUUCUUCCGGUGCUGGAAAGUGAUGGAGGAGAAACAUCAGUGGAUGGUGUCGACAGGUGUGUGCAUAAAUACAUGGAGAAAGAGAGCGAGUGGCAGAACAAAUUCUUGGAUUAUGAGAAGAGGAAGGAAGAGAAGAUGCUGGAGAAGCUGGAGUUCGAGCGUCGCCUGGACAUGGGGCAGAGGGAGCAUGCUCAGCUUCUUCAGCAGAGCAGCAGUCAGAAGGAGGAGAUUCUGCAGACUGUGAAGAAGGAGCAGGUGAGGCUGGAGAAAGGUCUGACGAAGCAUCAGCGCAACCUGGAGGGAGAGCACCUGAAGCUGCUGGAGCAGCUGAAACAAACGGAGCAGGGCAUUGCCAGCCGAAUCCAGAAGCUUCUGGAGGAGAAUCAGAGGCAGAAACAAAGUUCAGAAAUUUUGAAAUCCCUGGAGAACGAGAGAAUAAGGAUGGACCAGCUGAUGGCAAUCACGCAGGAGGAGACAGAGCAGCUACGCAGAAGGGAAGUGGCCUCUGCCAUGCAACAAAUGCUGGCUGAGAGCUAUAAGAACAAGCUCAUCCACAUGACCUCUGAAUCUCGAAGGCAAGACCUCGUCAACCAGGCGUGCUCCAGCCUGGCAGAGAUGGAUCAGAAGUUCCAACAAAUCCUAGCUUGGCAACAGCUGGAUCAGAACAAGGCCACUAGUCAGAUCCUGCAGGAGAGUGAAAUGCAGAAAGCGGCCUUUGAAGCCCUUCAGGUGAAGAAGGAUCUCUUGCACCGGCAGAUCAGGAACCAGAUUAAGUUAAUAGAAACAGAGUUAUUGCAGCUGACACAGCUGGAGUUAAAGAGGCAAGAACUGGACACAGAGACACUGCAGGAGGUGAUCACAGAGCAACGCCGAGCCCUGAGCUACAUGCUGCAGCAGCUGCUCAAGGAGAAGAAGCAAAGAGAAGAGGAACUGCAACAAAUCCUGCUGGAGAUGGAGGCAAAAAGUGAAACGAAGCAGGAGAACUACUGGCUGAUCCAGUAUCAGCGCCUACUGAACCAGAAGCCUCUCUCACUGAAACUCCAGGAGGAGGGCUUGGAGAGGCAGCUGAUAAACCUGCUGAUCGAGCUGUCGGCUGAACAGUACAUACCAAUCUUUGCCCAUCAUCGGCUGUCGCUGGAAAUGCUCAGCACCAUGACCCUCAGCGACCUGGCAAAGAUUGGAAUCACAGAAACUGGCCUGCAGCAUGCGAUCCUCAGGCGAGCCCAGGAGAUCCUGGCUGUGGCUAAAACAAUCCCAGAGCUGCUGAAGAGCACUGAGACCAAGGGCCCUGCUGCACCAGAGCCGAGUGCCCCCCCUGAAGAAAUCCUCCCUUCUGCACCCCAGCUGGAGCUGGACAAGAGGAAGUCUGAGUGCGUGGUCUGCAUGGAGCAGGAGGCCCAGAUGAUCUUCCUGAACUGUGGCCACGUGUGCUGCUGCCAAACAUGCUGCGAGACCCUGCGCAUCUGCCCCCUGUGCCGCAAAGACAUCAUGCAGCGUGUCCGCAUCUUCCACAGCAGCUAGCCAGGGAGCAGCUGCUGGGCUCUUGGGGCUGGAGGUGCCAUCAGCUGGGAAGGCCGCUGCCCGAGGCUCCUCGGAGGCCUGGGUGGGUGUCAGAUCUGCUCAUCUCCAUGCCGCAGCGUAUCAACCACCCCUCCCACUGUCACGUGUACACCUUGCACUGCUCAGAGCCUGUGACUGUGAGGCUGCUUUGGGGAGGACUGGAAUGUGCACUGUCACCUCAUGUCCUGGGGGUAACUCCAGGGCUGAAUGUUCUCAUAUGCUCCUGAAGGCAUGUUUAGCCACACCCCUCUUCCCCCACCGUAACCCCUGCAGUUGUCCCCUGUGCUAUGCAGAUGGAAGCAGACGCUGCUGAGUGACUUAUGGGCUAUCUCAAGUCCCCAUGAGUGUCGGUGGAUUUCUGCCUCCCUUGCCUUGCCUGUCUGUGUGCUCCCAAGAUGCCGGGGGGCUGCAAGCCCAUCCCUUCCCUGUCUAAUGUAUUUAUUUGCCUUCAGCAACAUGAUCACACUACACUGUUUCCUCCCAGCCAGAGGAGACUGGUUCAGUCAGUAGCUUCCUUUUGUGUGUGAGGAGCUCCCUUUCUGCAUGGCCCUGGGCACCUGGGAGACCAGAGCUCCUCCGUGGGUGCUGUUGCAGGGAAAGGCCAACACUUGGUAGCAAGCAUGGGAUUCUCUGGGAACCCUGUCAGGCCCUCACACCCAGACUGCUCCAAGCCCUCACAUUCCUGCAGUGGAGGGAUCUGACCCUUAGCAGCUGACCAUGCUGGGAGAACCAUGAUUGCCCUCCUCCCCCCAACACACACACUUUAACCCAUCUCCCAUUGCAGGGGGAGGGCCCCUGGGUCUGCUGGCAAGGAGCUGUCUGUCAGGUUGGAUCUGCUAGCUGGACACAGAGGGGGCUGGUUCUGAAUGUAAGUGGCUGCUCCAGUCUUGCAUCUUGGACUGCAGGCUGAUAGCGCAGGUCAGGCAUAGACCUGGAGGGCUCACUCCCGUCACCGGGUUUGGGGAGGGACAAACCAAGUAGCAUCCGUCAGCGAUGUGACUGGAGAACUUGCAGCUGACCCUGCAGGAUGAGGCCCACAGCUGUCUGCACAGGUGGUCCCACUGGAAUUGUGGGGCCAUUUGUCCAGCCCUGCCAGGUCCUGGGUGAAAAUAAAUGUGCAUCUCUGAGCUAAGGCUCUGAUUUCCUUGGGGCGCUGCUGCCACCCUGAGCCAGCACUGUCUGUGGGGGAGAGCAGGGCACUCUUGCCAAAGCUACAGGCGGGAGGUAGUCGUGCAUGGGGGGAGGGUGAUCUUCUUGAUGGAGCUGUUGGCAGCUUUGCAUUGGGAGCAGGACAUUUGGUUAAUUGUUUCUCCAUUUUAAUUAAUAAGUAACAAUUUCAGUGAGUUCCCGCUUUCUAGACCUUGACCUACAAGCUGAACCAGCCUGUCUCAUUCCCCCAGGCACAGCUGGUUUGUGCUGUUGGCUGUUCACUCACAUUUUCUUGAGAAAUGUGAGGGCAGUAGAAGGGUGACUCAGUGUUGGGUACUGGCCUUUUACCUCCAUAGGCCGAGGUUCAAAGCUGGUCCUGGAUCCCCAGUAGCAAUGGGACUGCUGGGAUCUCACUGGUUAUCCUCCUCUGUCUGCAUCAGCAAAGCCCAGCUCCUCCGAGCUGGUGGUGUUGGCUCAUCUCUCUCCCAGAGACCAGUGGGGAGCACUGCAGGGUGGUGGCAGAGCUUGGGGGUGGGAAGGCCACAGCAUAGGACUGAGAGAGGAGGCAGUAGGACUGAAGUGCAGGUGGAACUAGACCUGCUGAUGCCAGGCCUGGCUCUCCAGAGCAGCACUAGGCAGUUCCCUCACUGAUCUCAGAGGCUGAGCUCUGGGAGGAAAGCUCCGGAACGUGGGACCCACUGGCUGCUUCUCUGGCCCCGGCCCCGGCCCCAUGACUGGUGAUGACAAAACAGUGGAAGGCUGAUGGGCUCGAGGCUACGAGACAUGCCUUGGGGGAGCUGCAUGCUCUCUCUGCGUCAUGGUCAGGUGGCAUUAUGAGCAUCCUUGGUCUGAGGGGGGUCACUUCCCAUCUGAGGGACCCAGGAGAGCUGCAAGAAGGGCCAUGUCAGUGGGGUCCCAGGGCCUGUUUCUCAGCACAGCAGGGGGCACUACCCACCAAUGACAUGGACGAGCUGCCUAAAUGAACUCGGAUUGAGAUGGGGAAAGGGCCCCACAGAGGGGUUUCUCUCACCCCAUCCCCAGGGCCUUUUAUUGCUGGGUCCUGAUCCUGUGGGCGGCUGAGUCCCCUUCGCUCCCAGGGCCUUCUGUGGGGGGAGAGGCAGGAUCGUGCCCUUCCUCCCUGAUACAGGGCUCAGUGCCGGAGCAGCAGGUUCAUGCUGGAGCUUCCUUUCGCAUUUUCCUCGGCUGUCCCACUCUCCCUAGGCUCCAGGACCCUGUGUGGGGGCGGUUCCAGGUUGAGGACUCUGAGGAGGUGCAUCUUGGCACAUCUCUGAUUGGGGAUCCAAAGUCAGCAUUGGGUCUAGGCAAAAAAACCCCAAAGGCCCCUCUGCCCUUGCCUCAAAGAGCAGGCUGGUCCCUGGCUCCAUCUUGGAAAGCAGCUUUGACCGCUCUCCAGAGCCCCUGCUCACAGAACAGUUGCUGUGCCCCCAGCGUGUGGCAGGGGAGUCAGACGGUGGCAUGGGCUUAUGGCAAUGGCAGCAGUAUGCACAACACCUUAUCCCCAUGUCUCAUCCAGCCCAGCUUGGCAGUGACCCUGGCAAGUGAGAUUGGGGUCUGAGUUCCCAAUGAGCUGGAAGCUGCGUCUCACAGCUCCUCCUCCCUGCAGUGCCGUCUCCCCACUGACCCUUAGGGCUGAUCUGUAGGCAAGGGUGCUAUAGGCCUUGCGAGUUCAGUAGCCAGAGCUGUUCAGAGCCAGCACCUGUUUACUCGCUCCCAGCUCACCCACCCACUCUGGAAAGGCUCCCUUCCCUGCCGUGCUUGCCCCCAGCCUGCAAGCCAGGCCUUUCCACAGCACCCCUGAAGCCCUUGGGGAAGGCCAAGACCAUAGUAUGGCCGUCACAUGUAUGUAUUUCACUAGUGAGCCUGUAUGUGAAUAAAUGCCUUCAAAGGGUG